AUGUCUAACUCUCAUAAUCCAAUAGUUAAACAUUCUGAGAAUUCAUUUUGCUCAGUUUGUUACAACAAGAGACCAAAACUUGAUUGGACAAGAAGGGAUUUCACAUAUGCUGAGUUGCAUAUUGCAACACAUGGUUUUUCCAUGACGAAUUUUCUCUCAGAAGGUGGUUUUGGUUCUGUCUAUAAAGGAGAGAUUCAUGGACACAAGAUUGCUGUUAAAAAAUGUAUUCAUGCAAGUCACAAACAAGAGAAGGAAUUCAAAUCUGAAGUUGAUACACUAAGCAAAGCAAGACAUGAAAAUGUUGUUAUGUUGCUUGGAUCAUGUUCAGAAGGGAAAAAUAGGCUUCUUGUUUAUGAAUUUGUUUGCAAUGGUUCACUAGACCAACAUUUAUCAAGACAUUCUCGAAAACCUCUUUGUUGGAAAGAUAGAGUGAAAAUUGCUAAUGGAGCUGCCAAAGGACUUCUACAUCUGCAUCAGAACAACAUCAUACAUAGAGAUAUAAAAUCAAACAACAUACUUCUUACACAUGACUGUGAACUAGGUGAUUUUGGUUUGGCUAAAAUUGCAAGUGGAGAAUUCUCAAGUUCAAUAGAAUGUCCUGGAAAUUUGGCAUAUUGGGCACCAGAAUAUGCAGCAUAUGGUAAAGUAACAAAUAAGACAGAUGUGUAUUCUUUUGGUGUGGUUCUUGUUGAGCUAAUAACAGGAAUGAGGACUACAGACAGAAGACUUGGUGGAAAGAGUCUAGUGGGAUGGGCUAGGCCACUACUAAUAGAAGGGAAUUGUAAAAAAUUUGUUGAUGAAAGGAUAAUGGAUUCCCAUGACUGUCACCAAAUCCAUUGGAUGAGUCGUCUAGUUGGAAAUUGUUUAAACAAAGAUCCUCAUAAACGAUUGGAUAUGAGUACAGUAAGUCUAUGCUUCCAUUAUUUCUUUAUCUUCCACUUUCAUAUUCACAAAAUCUAG